GAGAACUCUGCUCUCCUCCUUCUUCUUCUCCCAUCCCUUUCUUCUCUGCGUUCGCGCUUGCAAACAGCGAGCUUCAGAUCUCCAUUGCCACCUCGCAGCAGGAGAAGGAGAGGAGGAGGAGGAGGAGGAGGACUGCAAUGGCGCUGUUAGGAAAGAUUAUAGGACUGCGAGGAGGACGGGGGCUGAAGGAGCUCAGAGCUGAUCAGAGCAUCACCGACGAGCUGGCUAUUAGGAAGGCAGAAGAAGCUGCUUCAAGAAGAUAUCAAGCAGCGAAAUGGAUGCGGCAAAUGGACCAGGGAGCGUCGGAAACCCUGCCGGAAAAACCCACGGAGGAGGAAUUCUGCCUCGCUCUGCGCAAUGGCCUGAUCCUCUGCAACGUCCUCAACCGAGUCAAUCCCGGCGCUGUCCCAAAGGUUGUAGAGAAUCCUGUUAUUACUAUUCAGUCGACUGAUGCAGCAGCUCAAUCUGCGAUUCAAUAUUUUGAGAACAUGUUGAACUUUCUUGUUGCUGUUGGGGACAUGAAGCUGCUGACAUUUGAAGCAUCAGAUUUAGAAAAGGGUGGCUCAUCAAACAAGGUUGUGGAUUGUAUCCUUUGUCUCAAAGGAUAUCAUGAGUGGAAACUAGCUGGUGGAGUUGGUGUCUGGAGGUAUGGUGGGCUUGUCAAGAUCACAACAUUAAGCCAGAGGUUGCAAUCCUCUUUUCUUGGUGGUGGAAGUUCAGAUGAGCCAGCAGAUGAUUAUAGCUUGCAGAACAACCAACAAUUUUCUGAAUUUCUACAUCUGGUUGCUGAAGCCACCCUAGAAGAGUCCAAAACUUCUAAUGCCCUUAAUAUCCUCUUUGACCAAUUUGGCAUCCAACUUUUAAAAGCUUUCCUUGCAGAGUGUGGUGAUGCUGAAGACUUUCCCAUGGUAGAAAUGUUUAUUGAUUUGGUGCUCGAUCAGGCUGUUAAAGAAUUCCAUAUGUCUCUUGCAUCUCAAAAAGAUAAGCUCAGCUUGCUUUUGAAGGAGGCAAUGAAGGGUCAGAAUAAAACUGUGACAAAGGCACAUUUGAUGGAAGCUGUUUCAAAAUUUCUUAUAAGAAAUACUUGUGAUUCAUCUUUUUCAUUAAUGGAAAAUAGAGAGGUCAAACUAGAAAAUCAACAAAAACAACUAGAGACAUUGAAAAUGUCUUUUCAUGAAAUUAAAAAUGAAGUUGAAUGCAGCCAGAAGAAAUGGAACGAGGACUUCGAAAAGCUUGAAUGCCAAGUACAAGGCCUCAAACUAAACAGUUCUUCAUAUUUGAAGUUGCUUGAAGAAAAUCGUCUACUUUAUAAUCAAGUGCAAGAUCUUAAAGGUAAUAUUAGGGUAUACUGCCGAGUGAGGCCAUUCCUACCAAAGCAAUCUGACAGAAGAUCAACCGUUGAGCAUAUUGGAGAAAAUGGAAAUAUUGUAAUUGUGGAUCACAAUAAGCAGGGGAAAGAUGCAAGGAAGAUAUUUGCUUUCAACAAAGUCUUUGGAGAAAACACCACCCAGUCCGAAAUCUUUUCUGACACUCAGCCAUUGAUAAGAUCCGUUUUGGAUGGUUACAAUGUUUGUAUUUUUGCCUAUGGACAAACAGGAUCUGGGAAGACAUACACAAUGAGUGGUCCAGACAUAACAGCAGAAGAAACAUGGGGUGUGAACUAUCGAGCACUAAAUGACUUAUUUGAGAUAUCACAAUCAAGACAAGGUAUCGUCUCAUAUGAAGUGAGCGUUCAGAUGAUUGAAAUAUACAAUGAACAAGUGAGAGAUCUCUUAGUGGUGGAUGGUUCUAAUAGAAGAUUAGAUAUACGGAACUAUUCUCAAUUAAAUGGCCUCAACAUUCCAGAUGCAAGUUUGGUUGCAGUUAAAUGUACUAAAGAUGUACUUGAAUUGAUGAAAGUUGGUCAGGGAAAUCGUGUGGUGGGAGCUACUGUAUUAAAUGAACGCAGCAGCCGUUCUCACAGUGUUUUGACGAUUCAUGUCCAAGGGAAAGAAUUAGCUUCUGGUUCAAAGCUAAGAGGUUGUCUUCACCUGGUUGAUCUUGCUGGAAGUGAAAGGGUUGAUAAGUCUGAAGCUACUGGAGAUAGAUUAAAGGAAGCUCAACACAUAAACAGAUCACUGUCAGCACUUGGAGAUGUUAUCUCAGCACUUGCACAGAAAAGUUCCCACAUUCCAUACAGAAAUAGCAAACUUACACAAGUACUGCAGGAUUCUUUAGGUGGGCAAGCCAAGACCUUGAUGUUUGUUCAUUUAAACCCCGAGGCUAAUGCAUUUGGAGAAACAAUUAGCACACUCAAGUUUGCUGAGCGUGUUGCCUCGAUAGAGCUUGGAGCAGCUCAGGUUAACAAGGAAGCUGGUCAAGUUAUAGAACUCAAAGAAGAGAUCUCUAGAAUGAGGACAGCGCUUGAAAGUAAGGAGUCUGAAGUAAAGCAAUUGAAAAUUUUAACUCGUCAGAUUGCCUAUGAGGAGCAAAAGACAGGAAUUAGAUCACCAUCUGAGCUGAUCAUGAAGAAACCUGAACUUAGCCAACAGACAAUGGGCAAAUCAAGAAAACAUGAGUCGAGAAGCUGCUCAUCUGUAAAGCGCAGAAACCCCGUUCGAUCUUCUAUGUUUUCAGAUAAAGAAAUUGAUUCAAGAUCACCUUUCACUGGUGGAGAGAGCUGCAAUUCCAGAAAUCUGAGAUCCCCAUCACCGCCCAUAAGAAGAUCAUUAUCUACAGACCGUGCUGCUGUCAUGAGGAGAAAGACUAGGAUUGAAACCCUUGAUGAGAGGACACCAUUGAAAUUGCAGUUUUCGGAGAGAGCAUCUGUCGACAGAUCCAAUGCGACUUUAUCAUCAGUGCUUACAAGUGAGAGUUUAAGCAGAUGCUGGGAUCCACAAGAGAUUGGCAAUUUAAGAAGACUCAACCCUGAGCAAGGAGACAGGAAGAAGUUCAAGCCAACAGUUUAUGUGAGACAUGGUGAAAACCAAAAGAUUAAUGCCGAGAAUAAGCCUAAGGCAAAAAAUGAAGAGUUGGUUGGAUUUCAGACAUCUGAUACCAAUAGCAGAGUGAAUGAACCGGCAAAGAACAGGAGUGAAUCUGAAAAUGAGUACACCCUUUUCGAGUGUGUAAACGAUCGUAGCCAGAAGCUGAAGAAGUUUCAGCAUAAUGCAAGGACAUCAGCACAUGUCAAACCCAGGGCCCCAGUUCAGGCAGAGGAGCCAUUGUCAAAUGGGAAGCACCUGAACAGGCCUCCGAAUUCUGCAGCUCAGAACAUAAAGGAACGCACUAAUGCCAUGGCUUCUGACAUGAGAAGUAGUAAAGCUUUGCCUCAUGCAAAAUUCAUUUUGUAAUGAAAUUUCACCUCUUUCCCUGUUAUUUUUCGAUACGAAUAUGUUUAUUUAUAUGCUUCAUCAUUAGUGUAUGUACAUUAUUUCAAGUAAUAAAAGAAAUAGGAUUGCAUUUACUGCUUCAGCCA